AUGAAGGGAGAUACCGCCGAGGAGCUGAGCCGCAUCCACAACGCUGUCACCGCCGCAGUCAACGCACAGGAGAGCAUCGGACGUCCUAUCAACUCGCAUGGGAUGGACCUGUUCAACCACCUGGUCGUCGAACUGUUCGACGCACGCACUCGUCUCGAAUGGGAGUCAACCACUUCAGACUCCACCGAACCACCACAGAACGAGGCACUUCUCGACUUUAUUAGUCGACGAGUAUUGACGCUCAACGCCGCACGACCGAGGAGUGUCACAAAGGGACCUGGAGAAACAUCACGAUUCGCCAAAGCGCACGUCACGAAGCACCAAGGCGCGGAUUCACCUCACUGUGCACUGUGCCGUGAAAACCAUACCUUGAUGACGUGCAAAAGCUUCAAGGCCAAGACUGCGGUUGAGCGGAAAACGUUCGUGGAAACCAACCGACUGUGCUUCAACUGCCUAGGCAAUCAUUUCUUAGCACGGUGUCAGUCAAAAAAGAAUUGCCUCACCUGCAACGCACGACACCACACCAUGCUGCACGGGGCAUCCACAUCAACACCAUCCGCUGAGGCCACUUCACUUGCCACCACACUGGUCACUGCACGGCAAGCUAAGACGCACAAGGCCGCCCUUCUCGCAACCGCUCGCGUCAAGGUCGCUGAUCGAUACGGAUCACCACACGAGGUUAGAGUCUUGAUAGAUCAGUGCUCCGAGGUGUCCAUCAUCUCUGAGGCUCUGGCUCAGCGUCUUCGGCUGCCUCGAGCUUCAACGGAUCUGUCCAUCUUCGGCAUCGGAGGGACUCGCUCUGGAUCAGCGCGUGGCAAGGUCACGAUAGACAUCACAUCUGACGUGACCAAUGCCGAGCUUCGCGUGGUGGCCUUUGUGCUGCCGCGCAUCUCAUUGCAACAAGGCACCGCUCAACGUGAAGAUCGUAGCUGGCCUCACAUCCACGGACUUCGAUUGGCCGACCCGCGCUUCCUGGAUGACGAUCCUGCGGAGUUACUUCUGGGAGCAGAAGAACGCGAGCCAGUAGCUGGGACACCGCUCACCGCCGACGAAGCCAGGUGCGAAGACUUCUACGUGCGCACGGUCACUCGCACGUCCAGUGGCAGGUACAUGGUGAGGCUGCCAUGUACUUCACCGCCGCCGACAUCGCUCAGCGAGACUCGUCGACCCGCAGAGCGCCUCCUGGAAGCCAUGGAGCGGAAGGGAGCACGAGAUCCUCGCUUCGGUGACCUCUAUCGAGAUUUCAUGGAGGAAUACGAGAACCUGCAACAUAUGGAGCGCACACGGUCCGGAGAGUCGCUGAACGCACACCUCCUCACUGGAGCCAAUCUCUUGCCAACACUCGCUGAUGUCCUACUUCGUUGGCGUUGGCAUCGGUACGUUCUCGUCACGGAUAUCGAGAAGAUGUACCGACAAAUUCUUGUACAUCCGGAGGAUCGUCGCCUGCAAACCAUCUUGUGGCGCCACACCAGCUCUGAUGACGUCCACGAGUACGAGCUGAGGACCGUGACCUACGGGCUAGCGUGUGCACCCUUUCUCGCCAUCAGGACUCUUCAUCAACUCGCAGCAGACGAAGAGGCACGAUAUCCACGCGGAGUCAAGGCACUGCGACACGACUGCUACGUCGACGACGUGGUCACCGGCGCUGAUAGCUUGGAGGACGCUAUCGACCUUCAGCAGGAACUACGGAGUCUUUGCAUGGUGCUCACCGGAGUUCCACCGGAACAUCGGCAUCAACGCAAACCGCACUCAUGGGAGGGAGAGAGUCACGCUACCUUGGGCCUCCGAUGGCAUCCGCAAGGUGACUGGUUCUCCUUCACCAUACGUCCGCGUGCAAUCACCGACUUCACGAAGCGACGAGUUUUGGCCGAGACGGCUCGACUCUUUGACCCGAUGGGGUGGCUCGCACCUGUCGUCAUCAGAGCCAAAAUUCUGAUUCAGACGACGUGGCUUCAACGGCUGGACUGGGACUCCCCGCUGCCUGAUCAGGACGCACACCGCUGGAGGCAGUUGUUGAAUCAGCUUCCUCUUCUAGAUGACAUCCGCAUAACUCGCUGGCUCAACACUGGGACCGACCAUUCACAACUGCAGCUCCAUGGGUUUGCCGACGCAUCAGAGCGAGGGUACGCCGCCGUGGUGUACAUCCGCAACGCUGCAACAGAGAAAACAUCAAUCAACCUGUUGAUGGCAAAAUCCAAGGUCGCACCUGUCAAGCAGGUGUCGUUACCUCGCUUGGAACUCUGUGCAGCAGCUCUACUUACCACGCUCAUGCUCCACGUGCGCUCUACUCUCGGUUUGACAACGACGCCAGUGCAUCUGUGGUCAGAUUCAAAGGUCACGCUCCACUGGAUUCAAGGACACAGCACCCGCUGGAAAACCUUUGUCGCCAAUCGAGUGUCUCAGAUCCAGACCCUGCUGCCAGACGCUCAAUGGAGACACAUCGCUGGACGAGAGAAUCCUGCAGAUUGUGCAUCACGCGGUGUUACUCCUGACGAACUCAUUAAGCAUAAACUGUGGUGGACAGGACCUACCUGGCUGUCAGGAGACGAGACUGCAUGGCCUUGUUCCGUCAUCGAAGCCGCAGAGGAUGACCUCCCGGAGCAGCGAGCCACCAGUUUGGUGGUCAAGGCACCGAUCACGGCCGAACCUGACCUCCUCCUCCGGUUCCCGACGCUACAAAGGCUGCUGCGAGUUACUGCAUGGUGUCGGCGAUGGCUCAAUCCGGCGAGACGCGACGUCAUACUUGGCCGCACUUUGCAUCCGGACGAGCUGGACGUCGCCUUAUUUCGAUGGCUGCGAGUGGUGCAGGCGCUCCACUUUCCUACGGACGUAGCUGCGGCCUCUGCUGGACGCACUAGUCCACCGCGAAGCCACCUAGCGAGGUUGAGUCCGGUCCUCGAUGAUCAAGGCGUGCUGCGCGUCGGAGGACGUCUCAAGCAUGCUCAGCUACCACUCGACGAAAGACAUCCAAUGAUCAUCCCGGCGGCAUCAUGGUUGACUCGGCUGGUGAUUGAUUCCUGCCACCGACGGACACUGCACGGAGGUGUGCAACUGACUCUCGGCUUGCUCCGCCUGCGUUUCUGGGUGCCCCGAGGAAGGACCACCGUCAAACAGCAGCUACACCGAUGCGUGACCUGCACUCGAUGGCGCGCCGCAACACCACAGCCUCCGAUGGGUAACCUUCCUCGGGACCGAGUAACGCCAACUCGACCGUUCCUCAGCACCGGUUUGGACUACGCGGGACCAAUCCUCCUCCGGACCAGCAAGGGGCGUGGACACCGUGCGCACAAGGGAUACAUCGCCGUCUUCGUCUGCUUCUGGUCGAAGGCCAUUCACUUAGAAGUUGUCUCGGACUACACCUCGGAGGCCUUCAUCGCCGCGCUGCGCCGCUUCAUCUCCCGCCGGGCGGCCCCGCACUUUGGUGGUUUGUGGGAGGCCGCCGUAAAGUCGACCAAGUUUCACCUCCGUCGGGUGAUCGGCGAGACCACCCUCACGUUCGAGGAGUUGAGCACACUCCUCGCCCAGAUCGAAGCUUGUCUGAAUUCACGUCCGUUACAGGCACUCUCAGAUGAUCCAGAGGACGUCUCGGCGCUGACCCCCGGUCACUUCCUCGUUGGGGCACCGCUCCUCGCCUUGCCGGAACCGUCAUUGACAGAGCAGACGGUGUCCACCUUGUCACGUUGGCGUCACCUGCAGCGGAUGAGGGAUCACUUCUGGCAGCGAUGGUCAUCCGAAUACGUGCACGGACUCGCCCCACGCACCAAGUGGCUCAAGGAUGCACCUGCACCCCACGUCGGCGAUCUCUGUCUCGUGCGCUCCGAGAUCACCCCUCCGAGCCGAUGGCCUCUCGCUCGCAUAUUGCGUUUGCACCCCGGAGACGACGGAAUUACACGCGUCGUGACCAUCCGAACGGCCACGUCCGAGCUCGUGCGCCCACUCGUCAAGCUCGUGUUUCUUCCGGGCGUGAACGACGCGCCUACACCGCACAUUGACACAUAG